AUGUCCCUGAAGGCCGUGGUGCUGGCGCUGGCCCUGGUGGCUGUCACCGGUACGCAGACUGAGGUCAGUCCCGACCAGGUGGCCACCGUGGUGUGGAACUACUUCAGGCAGCUGGGCGACAAUGCCAAGGAGGCGGUGGCGCACCUCCAGAAGUCUGAGCUCACCCAGCAGCUCAACUCCCUCUUCCAGGACCGAGUGGACGACGUGAACGCCUACGCGAGCGACCUGCAGAAGAAGCUGGUGCCCUUCGCCACGGGGCUGGGCGAGCGCCUGACCAAGGACUCGGAGCAGCUGAAGGAGCAGAUCCAGAAGGAGCUGGAGGAGCUGCGGGCGCGGCUGCAGCCGCACGCCCAGGACGUGAGCCAGCGGAUCGAGGACAGCGCGCGGGAGCUGCAGCAGCGCCUGGGGCCCUACGCCGAGCAGCUGCGCACCCGGGUCCGCACGCAGGCCGAGCAGCUGCGCAGCCAGCUGAGCCCCUACGCGCAGCGCAUGGAGACGCUGCUGCGCGACCAGAAGGACAACCUGCAGGCCUCGCUGGCGCCCGUGGCCGACGAGCUCCAGGGCCUGAUCGACCGGAACGUGGAGGAGCUCAAGGGGCGCCUCACGCCCUACGCCGACGACCUCAAGCUCAAGAUCGACCAGAACGUGGAGGAGCUGCGCCGCAGCCUGACGCCCUUCGCGCAGGACGCCCAGGAGAAGCUCAACCACCAGCUGGAGGGCCUGGCCUUCCAGAUGAAGAAGAACGCGGACCUGCUGAAGACCAAGCUCUCGGCCGACGCGGAGCAGCUGCGCCGCAGCCUGGCGCCCCUGGCCGAGGACGUGCGCGGCAAGCUGGGGGGCGGCGCGGCGGGGCUGCAGCAGUCGCUGGCGCAGCUCGGCAGCCAGCUGGACCGGAAGGUGGAGGAGUUCCGCCGCAGCGUGGAGCCCCACGGCGAAGCCUUCAACAAGAUCCUGGCGCAGCAGGUGGAGGAGCUCAAGCAGAAGCUGGGUCCCCAGUCGGGGGACGUGCAAGGCCACCUGGUCUUUCUGGAGAAGGAUCUGAGGGACAAGGUGAACUCCUUCUUCAGCUCCCUGCAGAAGGAGGGCCAGGACCAGCCCCUGCAGGAGGGCCAGGACCAGCCCCUGCAGAAGGAGGGCCAGGACCAGCCCCUGCAGAAGGAGGGCCAGGACCAGCCCCUGCAGAAGGAGGGCCAGGACCAGCCCCUGGCGCCCCCCCUCCCCGAGCAGACCCAGGAGCAGGCGCCCCUGGGGGCCUGAGCUGUCCCUGGUGCCCACGCCCCGCCCUGGACACCUGCCCCGCCCCGCCACCUGUCUGUCGGUCUGUCCCAAAGCAAUUCCCU